GCAAUGAACUCUGGUGUUGCGGUGAGUAAAGAUUAGAUCGACUAGGUUUAUAGUAGCUUGUUGUCGGGAACUAUAUCCCAAAAGGUAUGUAUAUGUUAACGUUGAGUAUUUUCCUAUGGAAUGUUCACGCUCUCACGCGCGAUCUUCAUAGCUCCAUAUAAAUACUCCACGCGGAUACCUUGCAUAAAACGACUUGGCGUGCACUCUUGUUCCAGCAAAACUCGUUCCCUUUUAUUCUCUUUUUAUUAUUUUUUACAUUUAAACCUGAGGAAUAGAACGUUACGUGGCUUUGCGCGAGUAAUGCGUGGGCGGAACAGAUGCCCCUUGUAAAAGAGGACGGGCGAAAGGGCUGUACCGCGAUUCGACUUGGAAAAUUCUACAAGGUCUACAGUAACUAUCUGUCUAUCUAUUUAUUGCUCACUAUACUCUGGUAAUAUGUGUACCUCAGCUAUUAUCAUUAUUUAUUUAUUCAUUUGCUUAUUAAUGCUUUCAUCAAUUAUUAUUUACUGCAAAAGCUAUUGCGUUAAAUUUAUCGUAUUCGAAUCAAAUCAAAUUAAAUUAAAAAAAAUUUUUUUUUUCAUUGAUUUGCCGGAAAAAUUUAUCAGUCAAUUAAAUUAUAGAAGCAAUCUACGCACGCAUGCAUAUUUAUUCAUAACUCAUCAGAAAUUUGAAUAGGAUAAUUAAAAAUAAAUUGCUGGAUAUUUAAAUUGUAUAACAAGAGUUAGUGAUUAAAUAAAAUAUGUGGUAUAAAUUUUGUUGAUUAAUAUAACGUUAAAAUUAAAUUAUUUACUGUUAUUGUUGAUAACGGAUUUGAAUAUUUAUUAAUUUAUUGAUAAGCAUUGUGCGUAGGAAUAUGGUGUUAAUAAAUUUGUAAAUGUUGAUAGAUAAGGACGUAACAGUAUAGGUAGUUUAGAUAGUAAUAUUUCGAGAUGGAGAGGAGAAUAAUGGAUCAUAUGUGGGCUAUCUUCUGUAUUUGACAUGCAUAAUAUCUCUCCGAAGGUUUCGAGUACAUUUUAGUGCCAAUGUCAAAUCCAACGCAGGGCACCUACGUGAUCUAUUGUUCCAUCAUGGAUUGCUUGACGUGAGUAAUGUCAAUGGAAUUACUACUCUACGUGCCUACGGAUGCCGAUGGGUUAAGCGCAUCGAGUUUACAUUUACGACACAUAACUGAUUACGAUUAUUUAUUUAUUGACGCAUUAAAUUAAAAUUUUUAUGCUGUCAAAUUUACAAUAAAUAUAUGAAUUAGUUAUAAAUUUAUAUGAAGAUUAUUUUGUGAGAAUAAAUAAUGUAUAAAUAAAAAUAGUGUUGAGAAGCUGGACUAAUGGUAUAAAGGCUGACAAAUGUAAUAAAAGAAGAAAGAUAGAUAGAGAAGAGGAUUUAAAAUAUGAAAUAUAUGUGUGUUAAAAUAAAAAUUAUUGGUAAUAUAAAAAUACCGGCUACAACUGCGAGUACGAUGCCGAGACUGAGGAUGAGGAUGAGGAUGAGGGUGAAGAGAACGACAAGGAUGAUGACGACGCGGCAGCUCGUGCUGAAAGCAAUAAACUAUGAUUUAUCGAGGUGAAAAUCGAAUCCCGGGUGAUUUGUAGUCACGGAGCUGGCAGUAGGGAGGAUUCCAUAGGGCCCGCUGGUGGUAUCCUAUCGGUUAAACCGCUGCCCUGAGGACAGUUGAAUAAAAUAAGCAAAAAGUAAAAUAACGUGUAUUAUCAUCUCUCUUUACUUUCUGUAUCUACAUUCGUACCAAGUCUAUGUAUGCAUACGUCUAAGUAUAUAUAUUGUAUGUAAUGUGAGGCCCGCGCACGAGCCCGCGCAUCCGGGCAAUCCUAUAUAAGAAGAUGUGACGCGCCGGUUGCAACUUCUUCGCUCUCUCAUAUACCCUACGUUAACUUUAUACCUGCUAAGUGAUUGUUUGUUUAAACAUCUAUAUUAUUCAUCUUAUUUACUUGUGUUGUUUAUUAUUUAUCAUGUUUCGUUUGAGCUUUUUAGUGAGCUUCGUAAGCUUUACCACCUGCACUCCACUCUGGCCUGGUUUACAAUUCCACAAUCAAGAUGGUUCUGGUUCAUAUAGUUACGGUUAUCAAGGGCCUCAUCAUGCAAAAAUGGAAUCUAGAUCAAACGGCAUUACUCAAGGAGGAUACUCUUAUAUAGACGCGAAUGGUAUUCUUCAGAACGUAGCUUAUACUGCAGAUCCGGUGAAUGGAUUUCGAGUUAGGGCGAGUAAUUUACCACAACAGCCAGAUAACUCUUUACUGCCAGUAAACGAGACUCCUGAGGUGGCAAAAGCACGUCGGAAUCACUUGGCCGAGUAUACGAGGAUUUCAAAUUCACUUGGAAUUCCACAAACUUCUAAUACCAUCGAUCAAUUCGAACAAUCAACCCCGAAAAAUCCUUUUCUUCUGUCGAAUGAGGAAGCAUCACGGAUUGAAAUUCCCCAGCCAACUCUAAACCAAAUCUACAUCAUCAAAAGACCAUCUCAAUCAUUAUUAUCGCAUUACAACGGGUUUUCAUCUCCAUCAGCAGCAUCCCCGGUUCCCGUACCACCAGAAGCAAUAAGAGCGUCGUCAGCAGUACCAUCAAACUCACUGGUCAUUCCAGUUUCCUAUAGAAUGCUCCAUUCAUCACUCCGGCAUACUCAAGACUCAUUGGGGCAGUACGACUACAGCUACACGGGUGACACCAGCGCUAAAACUGAGUCCAGAUCAUUAGACGGAACAACUCGCGGAGCUUACAGCUACAUCGACGCAAACGGUCUACUUCAACAAGUUCACUACAUCGCUGACCAUAAUGGGUUCCGAGUACUUGCAACUAAUCUACCCGAAGCCUGAUUAUAACUUUAAAUUUAAUUUAAUUGCUAAGCUCAUUUUAAAAAUCAUCUGACAUAAAAUUGCAUCCAUAUGUGGUAUCAACUUUUUUUACUUUAUAAUUAAACUCAUCAACAACCUUUGCGGAUUACACCAUUAUCAUUAUCAUCAUCAUCAUCAUCAUCAUAAUAUUACAUGGAAGUUUUUUCAGGUAGUGGGAUUUUAUGAUUGAAUGCUUUUUGAGUGGGUUCAAUAGAGAUAAUCUCUCGUUUGAGCGUAUAUACACUUGACUGGCAUUCACAUUUACUAUCUCUGUAUUACACGUACGUUAUAUGCGAUUUAAAUAAAUCAUUAAACUUGACACAAUUAUAUCUGUGUGUGUAUAUUUCGAUCCUCU